UUGAUUACGUCAUCACUCUGCGCCCAUUCAGCGGGACCGUCGCGGCCAUUUGAAUCAGUUCCCUCUGUAGCCUCACAAAAAGGCUUCUUUUCAUCGUUUAUCUCUGCCUUUAAGUGAACAAAAACCACCGACAUGAUCGAGAAAGAAGACCCGGUCAUCAGCGAGGAGGAAGCGGCACAGUACGACCGACAGAUCCGGCUGUGGGGACUGGAUGCCCAAAAGAGAUUGCGAGGGUCCAGAGUGCUCCUGGCAGGUUUAGGGGGUCUGGGAGCUGAGGUGGCCAAGAAUUUGAUCCUGGCUGGAGUUAAAGGACUCACUAUGCUGGAUCAUGAACAGGUGUCUGAAGAGUCGUGUCGAGCCCAGUUCCUGGUCCCGGUGACGGCUCAGGGUCAGAACAGAGCUAUGGCUUCUCUGGAGCGAGCGCAGAACCUGAACCCCAUGGUGGAGGUCCACGCCGACUCAGAGAAAGUUGAGAACAAGCCAGACGACUUCUUUCUGCAGUUUGAUGCUGUGUGUCUGACAGGCUGCUCCAGAGACCUGAUGGUCCGCGUGGACAAGCUCUGCGCUCAGCACAAAAUCAAGGUCUUCUGCGGUGACGUCUACGGCUACUACGGAUACAUGUUCUGCAACCUCGGCAAGGAGCACAACUAUGUGGAGGAGAAACCUAAAAUGGUAAAACCGACUGGAAAUUCAAACGACGGUCCGGAGGCGAAGAAAGCCAAAAUCGACCCCAACGAGACCACCAUGGUGAAGAAGACGAUGAGUUUCUGCACCCUGAAGGAGGCUCUGGAGGUCGACUGGACGAGUGAGAAGGCCAAAGCCGGUCUGAAGAGAACCCCGGUGGAUUACUUCAUGCUUCACGUUCUGCUGAAGUUUCGUACGGACAAAGGUCGCGACCCCGACCCACAAUCCUUUGCAGAGGACAGUCAGACCCUGAAACAGAUCCGUGAGGAUGUGCUGGAGGCCUUGGCAGUGAGCGGUGACCUCCUGAGUGAUGAGUUUGUGAGCUUCUGCUACUCUGAGAUGUCUCCUGUCUGCGCCGUCGUGGGCGGAGUUCUGGGACAGGAAGUGGUCAAGGCUCUCUCCCAAAGAGACCCUCCUCACAGGAACUUCUUCUUCUUCGACGGUCGUAAAGGAAACGGCAUGGUGGACUACUUCGGACCAAACUGAACCAGUUUCACACUAAAGGCAAACUUUUGUUGCUCUGUCGGAUUAUUUAUACCAGUUCUGUCGCUCCACAGAUCACCUGAUAAAUCUGUUGAUUCACUUCCAGCGUUUGAUCUCAAGUCUUCUGAGGUUUUUUUUUUUACAUUUGUUAAUAAAACAUUGUUUAGAAAAGGGA